AAUUUCUCUUUGCGUCAACAACAAUAUUAUUGAGAAUCUCCGCAGUGAUUUUUUUAUCUGUUUUGCUUUAUUAUAUUCUUUCCUAUAACCAUUAUGGAAACUACAUUUUUUGGAAUUUUGCUUGUGCUUUUGGUGACAGUCCAAGCGUCGGAGGCAAUUUAUACGAUCAAUGCCCUAAACCUAGGAAGCUGCGUUUGCAGCACUUACACAUGCGGAUGCUGCUCCCACAUGCAGGUGGACGUGAUUGAGCUAAACAGCACAAUUUGCACGAACAUGACGUACUUGAGCGACGACUACGGCCUAUCCUACACCAUCACGUUGAACCACCAUACUCUUUUCAACGAAACUGUCUCCGCCCGGAAUCCGCCGCCUUUUUGUAUUGGUAUGCCUUACCUGAAGAAGUGGGCUGAAGUGUGUCUGCGAAUGUUUGACCUGGACGUGACCAGACACAAAUUUCAUGGCUGCGUCGAGGCGGAAGCCAGGCUGAAGAGGGUUCGCGUCGCCCAUUACGACCUCGGUUGUGUCAAUAUCGGUCCAAAGCCAACUGAGCCAUACAAAGAUCUGAUUAGCGUCAUCUUGGUUUAAAAAUUUUACUUUGGGAAAAUAUUGUUUACUUCAAUAAAGCAACGAAAC